AGAUGCGGCUCUGCUUACGGAACUGGACACACCACAUUUUUCUUAAUAGCGAUAGCACACUGCCUCAAGAACACAGACGCAGGCAAAAGAAUGUUUCUUCUGGUUUCUUUGUUUUGGCGGUUUGAUCUUGCGAUGUUGAUUGCUGAUGGCAAACAUUGGUGUUGGUGUUUCGAAGUCUUUGCAACAUCCCGCACCUCGCAUCACGCUUGCCUUAGCCAGCGCAUAGCAAGAGCAACCAUGUUUCGAACCCAAAAAAAUCUAUUAAUGAGCAAGCCCGAUUCUCGACCGAUACGAAAUGAAACAAGCUAGCAUAUUUCCUAAAAAAAAAUCUCAAAUGUUAAAAAAAAAAAAAAAAAA